AUGACGCUGGACACAGGAGCUUCAAAGACAUUAGUGCGACCGGACCUAGUGAAAGCUGCGAUGAGAAAUAAGAAGGUUACUUAUCGACUUCUUGUCGCCUCCGGCCAAGUAAUACACGUCUUAGUGGAAAUAACAGUAACGAUGGACGCUGAAAUUAUAGAUGACUGUAUUUUGGGCUUAGACUUCAUGAAAAAUCAAAACUGCAGAAUCAACUUUUUUAAUAGAGUCUUUAAGUAUGGCUAUCAAGAAAUCUUCAUAUUAGGUGGUUCUACCGGGCAAGUGACGUGCGUGAGAAGAUUUACUAUUCUUGCGAAGUCUGAAGCUCAGGUGUCGGUUAAGCUACCAUCUGAUAGAAGAAAUGCGGCGAACUGA